AUUGUCAAUGCAGCUAAAGAUAGAUCUUUUCCUAAUGACUAUAUAAAUCUCCAUGCUCUAUGACCAUUACGACCAUGGCAACAUCUCGAAAAUACGACCCCCGUAUGGGGGACGAGGAGAGUAACGAACCCGAACCGAAAGAGACUCGGUUUGACGAAGGUCCACCUCCUCAGAAACAUGUUCGUAUGGAAGCAAAACCGCCGGUUGGAAAGAAGAAGGUCCCCUCAGUGAUGGAGAAAAUCCUUCAUUUCAUUCCUAUCGACAUGAAAUGGAUCCCGGAGAAUUGCUCAUACUCGAAGCUCAAACCUGUCUUCCGGAGUGCAGUGAUGGGCUGGGUGUCCAUCAUAUUCCUGAUCGUUCCCAGGGUAGCACAGGCCAUGGGUCAGGCAGCGUUUCUUAUCGUAGUGGUCGCCUUUUUGGACCCACCAAGUGAUCCGUUUAUAGCGGUGCUCGAGCGCGAAGGCAUCUUCUUGUUUCUCGUUUGCUUGGCUUGGGCGUGGAGCACCCUUGGAAUCUUCCUUGCCAGUCUUGCGCGAACUAAUACCGACGUUAAUGCACCCUUCAAUGAAAUCUUAACCGCACGAUACGUCGAGGCGGGCCCUACCAUUAUUUUCGCAGUGUUCAUCUUCUUUGGGAGCAGUUUCUUCUUGUGGCUCAGAGUGAGACAAGGUCCUGGACCAUUCAUCUUCGGCACUGUGUUCUCUUGCAUCUGCGUCGACAUUUCUAUGACCACGGCAGUUCUAUUCCCAUACGCUUACUAUUCCAUCGGUAGGGCUAUUGUGGUACCCCUUGCUAUCCAUUCCGGUCUUUGCGUCCUAGCAGCGGCAACGAUCUUCCCGGCGACCAUCACCGCACGAUAUAUGACAUGUUUUGGACGUGUUUUAGAGCCUCUCAAUGUUAUACUUGCGCGUCACCGGGAAAUCCUGGACAUGGAUCCCUCUUCGGAGGAUUUCAAGUCCACUGCUGCCACCAUUUCUACCAUGGUGAACAAGGCCGAGGCAGCGUUGGCUUCUGCAGGUGCGGCGAAUCGCUUACUGAAGCGCGACAUUGUAUGGGGGCGAUUUGCACCUGGUCAUCUGGCCGAGUUGCAGUGGUGGCUCCGGCGACUGGUGACAAGAUCAAACGGUAUGGGUGUCUACUUCACGCUGAUCGAUCCUACCCGUGAGAAAUUCCCUGUUACGCCUGUGCCCUCUACGCCUGCGACGCCUGCCAUUGGUACACCUGCUCCUUCGAGACCACCUUCACCCACUGGAGAACGUGCGGGUCGACCUGCUCGUCGACGAUUACCGAAUGACCAAAGUCAGUCUUCAUCUCCAAUGCGUCAUUCGAUUUCUCAACAUGUAGCCCGUCAUUUCUCUGCCGGAGGACAUGUAAGACAUCAUCCUUCCCAUCACGCGCACAACCUCCACUAUUCGCUCUUACACCUUGCGCACAAUCUCUCUCUUUCCCGCGUUUCUACAACUGCAUCUGAGCAAGCCGUUGGUGUUUUCGAGUCUCAGCGGUAUCUAUACCUCGAGUCUACUCGAUUGUCUGCCGCUCGUUCCCCAGAAGCCACGGCGUUGUUUACUGCGUUACUGCACGAAAGUUGUGACGAGUUGUUGGAGAAGUCGCAGAAUGCUUUGAAAGGUGUCCAGGAUUGGAUAGGGGGCGUUCGUCAGAGUAGCUUUGGCAGUAGGAAGAAGAUUGAACACGUGAGGAAGACGAAGUUGGAACAUCUGGAGAGCUUGCAUCAGUCGCUCAAGGAAGCUGUCGAUCAUUUCAAGAAAGAGAAGAGGCUGCGAGUGCUUGAUCCAUAUCGCUCAGCGUUCGAUCCGAAACAUAUAGGGACAUCGGACCGUUUCGAGGAACCUCCUCCACACAAAUUCCUGUUUGAUUGUUACGUGUACGAGUAUCAUGCUAUGGAGUUUGCUAACCUCCUCGCCGAAUUGUUGGGAGAGAUUAUCAAGCUGGAGAAAAAAUGCACUAGGACUAAACUUUGGCUUCCAACCCUUUCUCUGACCAAAUUUCUUGUUUGGAGUCGUUGGGAUACAACAGAGGAUGAACAUGAAGAUGACGAAGAUCCCGAUGUUAUUCGUGGUCUUAACCCGGAAGAAUCAGCAGAUCUUGGUAUUCCUCAACGGCGAAACCCUGAUGCACUUCCACCAUCAAAUAUCGUCGAGCAAAUUUUCUCCUGGUUGUACCUGUGUUUUUCGACGCUUCUAAGUGGGAAUACGUUGUUCGCGCUUAAAGCGGGCGUUCUCUCAAUUCUUCUGAGCUUGCCAAGUCUCCUUCGUAACACUGCUGAGUUUGCCUAUGGACAACGCUUCGUUUGGGCAAUCUUUAUGGGUCAACUCACCCUUGCACGUUGGCGUGGUGAUACUACGUUUGGCCUUGUCUCGCGGAUUUUGUCAACUAUUUUGGGUAGCGCUGUCGGGCUAGCUGUAUGGUAUCUCUCUGCGGGCUCAAGUGACAGUAAUCCUUACGGCCUUGCUGCCGUCUGCGCCGUCUGUUUCCCACUGUUCUAUUUUAUUCGAUUGUAUUGGCCGGGUCCUCCAAUGGCGAAUGUCAUCUUUUUCGUCACUGUUGGUUUGGUCGUUGGCUAUUCUUGGCAGAAUACUCACUUCCCCUUCGGAUUCCACUAUUUCGGUUGGGAUCUCGCUUGGAGGCGCUUUCUUACUGUUGUCGCUGGAGUCACUGCCGCUUUCAUAUUCUCGUUCCUACCCCCUUCACACACUCUCCGAGGCUACCACCGACACAUGAUGGCCACAACGGUCGCGGAGCUCGGCUCGGCGUACUGUGCCAUCGUGUCUUUUGCAAAUACUCAUCGGCAACAACAGCAUGAAGUGGACCGAGAUUCUAUCAUCAAGAGUCUUAUUGGUAUUCGAUUGAAGUUGAAACGUUCGCUCAUUCUCAAGACGAAUAUCGUCUACGAAUUCUCGUUGAGAGGUAAAUGGCCAGCUGAGAGGUAUCAGAAGAUCUUGGAGAUACAACUGCAAAUUGCAUAUCUGCUUUCCCACCUCAUGUCCGUUGUUGAACAUCUGGAGCCGGCUUGGGCCCGAGCCUUCCUUCGCAGGACACGCUUCUUAGAUUCAGACUUUCAAGGCGAUGUCUUGGCAGUCAUAUCCUUGAUCUCAACGUCUCUGCGGACGGGCAAUCCUCUACCUCAAAUCACACCCUGCCCUCUUCUUGACCGUUUCAUGGCUUAUACUCACGGUCUCAACGUCAUUCGUCAGGAAGCUGAUGAUGAUUAUGGUCUUCCACGUACCAUGACGAUCGAUACUUUGGAGAACGAACAAUAUCUACGAUUCUCAGUAGGAGUCAACACUGCAUUUGGUAUCGUCAUGCGCCUUGACAGGCUUAUGGUGGCCACGAAGGAACUGGUCGGAGAGCAAUACCACAUUCAUGGUGUGGGGUUGUCUCCACUCAAAACCUAUCGUGAUCAAUCUGGCUCGAUCAGACCUGCAAAGGACGCUUAACGGACAUUUGACUUUAGUACGCCAUAUAGAGUUAGCGGAAUGGAGCAAUACCAAACAUCUCGAAUGUAUCUUACACGCAAUGUAUUCCUACAUAAUCUAGACGUUCUUCAUACAACUUCUACUAGUACUACAUAUCUUCCAAUACUUUGACCUUUAUUGGCUACCUCUGUCUUUAGAGGUACCGACGAAUUC